GUCGAAAGCUUAUGUAGUUCGGGUUAGCCGACUUAACUUCUCAUCUUCCUGCAAAUUUUACUUUAUAAUUUACCUUUAUUAUUAAAUUGCCUCUUUAAUUACUUCAAAAUGGCUGUGCACUUUAUGUUGAUGGCGCUGUUCACCGCCUGCGCUAACGCGGGAGCAUUGCCGCAAUACUUCACCGCCUGCUCCUCAUCAAACCCUCACCUAGACCAGUGCAUAGAGCAGGUGAUAUCAGCGGGCGGUGCCAAGUUCGUGGAAGGUAUCCCGGAGCUGGGCGUGGCGCCCCUCGACCCGCUGCAGCUGGGCAAGGUGGUGGUCAACAACCCCGCCCUCAAGCUCACCUUCACUGACACUGUCGUCACCGGACUCAAGGGGUUCAAGCUGAACUCUUACAAAAUGAACGGUGCGAGGAACAAGGCGACGAUAGACUUCACGGCCAACGUGACUCUGAAGGCGCAUUACGAGAUCGACGGACAAGUGCUCAUCUUACCCAUCCGGGGGAACGGACCGGCCAAGAUUAAAAUUACAAAUCUCAACAUCGUAAUCAAAUAUGACUUCGACACGAAGGACGGGCACUGGGUGGUGACCAACUACAAGGACAAUUACAAAAUGGACCACGCAUACUUCAAGUUCAGCAACCUCUUCGGUGGCAACAAGGAACUCGCGGACACAACACACAAGUUCACCAACCAGAACUGGGAGAUAAUAAUGCAAGAGAUCGCGCCGCCCGCCAUCAAGGGCAUCAUCAGGAGCUGCGUGGACGUGGUAAACAACUUCUUCGGGAGUGUUCCCGCCACGGAACUGCUGCUGUGAAUGGUGAGACCAUCCACAGGGUGAUCAAUGAGAACUGGGAGCCAGUGAUAAGAGACAUCGCCCCUGUGGCCUUCGAACAAAUCAUCAGAGCGUGCGUUGAUGAGUGCAAAAAAUUAUUCGCACAUGUGCCCGCCUCUGAACUUCUACUACCUUGAAAUUAUAUAAAUCUAUAUAUAAUUUAGGAUAACUUUUACAAUCGUCAGUGUUUUCCAAAACUUUACAAUUUGGGAGAAACUAGAACAAUUUUAAUGGUAAACAACUGAAAUUUUUGCGUGCAACAUGAAAGUUUAUGAAAAUGCAAUAUUGCCACAAGUAACAUUUGAAAUUGUUAAUUAGGCAGUUACUUACAAAAAAAAAAUUUAAACCAGUAAUACAUUUCAUUGGCAUUAAUAUAAGUAAUAUCUAUCGUACUGUUAGAAUAUACGUGUAUACUUUUAAAUUUAGUAUAUAUAUUGUCCGCCUUCUCAACAGUCCUUGUACUUGCAUUCUUAUGUUAAUAAAAUAGCCGAAACAUAAGAUAGGAACUCACUAUUUUUCUGCAAUGUUGUACUGCUAGUAUUCCUUAGUGCUUUAAGACAUAAUUUGAGAAUAAUUAAUAAACACUAGUUAAAUAUUCCAAUAUUAGGAUUAGGAUAAGUUAAUUACAUAUUUGUUUUAUAUGAUGUGAUAAUUGUUACUAAGAGAUCUAGUUUAAGCAUUGAUUUAGACAUAUUGAAAUAAAUAAAAUAUGUUAAGUGAUACAAAAAUAGUUCUUUUAUUUAACACAACUUAAAAAAAAUUACACAGAAAUAAAUCAACAAUUUAUUAUUGUACAUUUGUUUGUAUAUAAAAUAUGUUUUAACAACAACUUUAACCUUAAAGCAUAAAAAAUAUAGCUUUUUUUCUUAUUCUAAGUAGUUAGAAGAUAUAAUAUAAUAUAUAUUAAACAAUAGGCAUUAUUAAAUGCAACUUUCAAUCCUUUUCAAAAUCAUUCAAAUUCUUUAUAAAUCCAAGAUAUAAUUUGAUUAAUAUUAUUUCAUAUUCAGAAUUCUUUUUACUAAUUAUAUAAAUAUAUCUUUAGCGAGGGCACAUUGCAUGGCGCCCUCCGUCCACGGGCAGGCUAGCUCCCGUGAUAUUACUAGCUAAAUCACUGGCUAGAAAAGCUAUAGUCGCUGCCACUUCAUCUGGCUUCCCCGGUCUUCCCAAUGCAUGUGUUUCUUUGGUUCUUUCCAAGAAUGCCGCAUACUGUUCAUCACUUAAACCGCCACGCUUUUGAAGCUCUGUUAAAAUCACACCCGGAUUCACACAGUUUACUCUUACACCUUUAGAAGCCAGUUCUAAGGCAACACAUCUUGUGAAUUGAUCAACAGAUGCCUUUGAUAUAUUGUAUGCCAGUACACCAGGGAAAGAUCGGAUCCCGUUCACACUGGAUACAUUUACAAUGUUACCUUUGCUUUUGAUCAGAUGUGGAACAGCGAGCAUGCUAAGGUAAUAAAUUGAGCGAACAUUUGUGUUCAUGAGCCUGUCAUAUUGAGCUAGAGAUGUAUUUUCUAUAGUGCCGGUUUCGAUUAUACCAGCAUUGUUAAUCAAAACAUCCAACUGACCAUAGUGGUCUAUUGUAUUUUUCACAAUUUUUUCUAUGUCCUUCUCCUUGGUUAGAUCGGCUUGGACGAUGAACGUUUGAGCUGGUUUCUCACAAUCUUUGCUUACUUUCUGUAGAUUAUCGACAUUUCGGCCGGUCAAAGACAGUCUAGCACCAAGUUUUGAUAGAAAGACUGCCGUAGCUGCUCCAAUGCCGGAACUUGCGCCGGUCACAAUAACCACUUUUCCAGCGAAAUUCAUUUCGUCGAUAUUUUUUGAUGGAUAUUAUACAAUACAAUAGUUUAUUAGCAACAGUUAUCACUUUCAGAAAACAAGUUAUUACGUAAUUUUAGAUAAAUCGGUAUACCUUCUCGAAAAAUAGAACGUUGUUUACAUUGAAUUAAAGAUAAGAGU